AUGGCGACGGCCAGAGCCGCCUACUUUGAGCUUCAAACCCGCUCCUCAGAAACCAAAGGACUACGGGUACGGGGUCAAUGGAGAGUGACUUAUGCUCCUACUCGGGUCUGUGCCACCAAAGGAUCAACAGUGGAUAUGCACUGCACCUAUACGUACCCAUCAACUCAUACAGUAGAUAGGGCAUUCUGGUUUACUAUAUCAGAUAGUGUCCCUUUGGACAGCGACUCAGACUACACAGGCCGUGUGGAGUAUGACUGUAAUGAGAACAACUGCACUCUGAGAAUCACAAGCCUGACCGGGGGCGACUCAGCUCAGUACUAUUUCAGGUUCACAACAACACCAACCAAUGCUUAUACUGGUCCAGCUGGAGUCACUUUGUCUGUCACAGAUGCUCCAAAGCUUCCCUCUGUGUCAGUGAGUCCCUCUGGCGAUAUAAUGGAGGGCAGUUCAGUGAACCUGACCUGUAGCAGUGAUGCUAACAUAGAAGCUAAUUACACCUGGUACAAGAAUGACACAUACCUGUAUACUCUCAGUGAAGAACCACAGCUUGUCUUCAGCUCCAUCCAGUCCUCUGACACUGGACUGUAUUACUGUGCAGCUGAGAACGAGCUGGGGAGGAGGACGACUGAAUACUUCAUUGACGUGAAAUAUGCUCCGAAGCUUCCCUCUGUGUCAGUGAGUCCCUCUGGUGAGAUAGUGGAGGGCAGAUCAGUGAAUCUGACCUGUAGCAGUGAUGCUAACCCAGCAGCUUAUUAUACCUGGUACAAGAACAACCAAACACUGCUUCAAGGACCAGAAGUCAUCUAUCAGUUCAGCUCCAUCAGCUCUGAGGACAGAGGGAUCUACCACUGCAAGUCUGAGAAUCAGUAUGGAGAGAUAAACUCUUCAUCUCUGUAUUUAGAUGUGCAGUAUGCUCCAAAGCUUCCCUCUGUGUCAGUGAGUCCCUCUGCUGAGAUAGUGGAGGGCAGUACAGUGAACCUGAUCUGUAUCAGUGAUGCUAACCCAGCAGCUACUUACACCUGGUACAAGAAUGACACAUACCUGUAUACUCUUAGUGAAGUGCUUGUCUUCAGCUCCAUCCAGUCCUCUGACACUGGACUGUAUUACUGUGCAGCUGAGAACAAGCUGGGGAGGAGGACGACUGAAUACUUUAUUGACGUGAAAUAUGCUCCGAAGCUUCCCUCUGUGUCAGUGAGUCCCUCUGGUGAGAUAGUGGAGGGCAGAUCAGUGAAUCUGACCUGUAGCAGUGAUGCUAACCCAGCAGCUCAAUACACCUGGUACAAGAACAACCAAACACUGCUUCAAGGACCAGAAGACAUCUAUCAGUUCAGCUCCAUCAGCUCUGAGGACAGAGGGAUCUACCACUGCAAGUCUGAGAAUCAGUAUGGAGAGAUAAACUCUUCAUCUCUGUAUUUAGAUGUGCAGUAUGCUCCAAAGCUUCCCGCUGUGGCAGUGAGUCCCUCUGCUGAGAUAGUGGAGGGCAGUACAGUGAACCUGAUCUGUAGCAGUGAUGCUAACCCAGCAGCUACUUACACCUGGUACAAGGAGAAUGAAGAUUCACCAAAAGCAUCAGGACAGAUCUUCACCAUCAUUGACUUAAGAGCUGAACACAGUGGGAAUUAUUACUGUGAAGCCCAGAGCAGCAGAGGACGUCAUCGCUUCACCAUACAUCUGACUGUUGUGGCAGAUUCCUACUUCACAGAAGAAUGUAAACUAAUAAUGGCUGGUACUUUAAGUGCUUUGUCAGUCUGUGGCAUAUUCAUCUUUGUGUUGCUGUGCAUCAGGAAAAAGGGGGCCUCUAAGCAACCAGCUCAGCCUCCAGGAAAACCAGAUAACAGUGCACAGAAACAACCAGCAGAGCAGGAGGAUAACAUUCACUAUGCCAGAAUCAGCUUCUUGAAGAAACAAGCAGAUCCUCUCUACUCCAAUACCAUACCAGCUCACCUCCAAAUACGCAAGAGGGAGAAGGUGGACAGCGUGGAGUACAGUACUGUCAAAUUUAACAGUGGCAGUAAAGCCCCAGGGUCAGCAGCCCCCUGA